CGGGCGGGAGCGACUGAGUCAGCCCCAGGCCCCCCCCGGGUCCCCCCCCCGGGGCGGUCCCGCCCCCUCCGUGCCUAUCCCGGGCGGUGCCACCGCCCCGCAGUGCCCCGGUCUGCGCCGUGCGACCCCACUGAGACCCUCACAGGACCCUGCUGACCCCACAGACCCCACAGCAGCCACCAUGCCAUCCCAAAUGGAGCACGCCAUGGAGACGCUGAUGUUCACCUUCCACAAAUAUGCGGGUGACAAGAACUACCUGAGCAAGGAGGACCUGCGUGCCCUGAUGGAGAAGGAGUUCCCCGGAUUCCUGGAGAACCAGCGUGACCCCAUGGCUCUGGAUAAGAUCAUGAAGGACCUGGACCAGUGCCGGGAUGGCAAAGUGGGAUUCCAGAGCUUCUUCUCACUGGUGGCUGGACUGACCAUCGCCUGCAACGACUACUUCGUGGUGCACAUGAAGCAGAAGGGGAGGAAGUGAGAGACGGCCCCGCCGCCCCAAUAAAGUGUUUUGUAUGA